GGGUCAUUCAUUACAGUGACGUACGUAUCGUUCCUUCGCUUCUAUUGCUAGAUUGAAAUAGGGCAAGAAUAAUCUUCGUUACUUUUAGGGUUUAACAGCUCUGCGUGUUUGGACUUGCUUCAAAACCCUAGGACCAAACCCAUUCACCGGCGUUGGCCACUCUGCAUCCGUUUGCUAGGGUUUCCCUGAGAACCACCAAAUUCUUGAUUCUUUUUGCAUUAUUGUAAUUGAUCUACGAUAAUGUCUCGAGUAUAUGUGGGGAACUUGGAUCCGCGAGUUACUGAAAGAGAGCUCGAAGAUCAAUUUCGAGCAUAUGGUGUUCUUCGUAGUGUCUGGGUUGCUCGAAAGCCACCAGGUUAUGCAUUUGUUGAGUUUGAUGAUCGCAGAGAUGCUUUAGAUGCAAUCCGUGCAUUGGAUGGGAAGAAUGGCUGGCGUGUGGAACUGUCUCAUAAUUCUAAGAGUGGUGGGGGUGGUCGUGGCGGUGGACGAGGGCGUGGUGGUGGUGGUGGAGGUGGGGGUGGUGAUGACCUGAAAUGCUACGAGUGUGGUGAACCUGGUCAUUUUGCUCGGGAAUGUCGCUUGCGGAUUGGUUCACGUGGAAUGGGAAGUGGUCGGCGUCGUAGCCCUAGUCCUCGACAUCGUAGAAGCCCAAGUUAUGGUCGCAGGAGUUACAGCCCUCGAGGUAGGAAAUCUCCUCCUCGACGCCGCAGUGUAUCGCCUCGCCGUGGCCGCAGCUAUAGCAGGUCACCACCAUAUCGUCCGGCCCAUCGUGAUUCACCAUCCUAUGCUAACGGUCCUGUUGCCAGAGAUCAACGUCGCAGCCGGAGCUGAAGUGAGACUGGCAAUGUGCAUCUGAUGAGAGAUCAUGCACUAUUGUACAUGAACUAUAUCACAGUCGUGAUAGGAUGGUUCAACAAAAAGAUAAUCAUGUUAUUUCUGUUCGCUGAAUCACAAUUGGAUUUGUUAGGACUUUGACUUUGAUUAAUUGAGCUCAUACAAUGUGAAAGGGAUGAUUUGGACUCAGCUUUUGCAUGGACAAUAAUACUCUUCUGCUGACUGAAAUUUGGGGAGGUUACUUUCCUACUUCAUAUUGUCAUGUUAUUACUAUUUAUGUAUUUUUUUUAAUGCCAUAUCUUUUCAGAUAUC